AUGUUCUUCUCGACUGUUGACUGGUUCAUGAUGGUCUUUCACGAAGAGGAUUUCCGACAGCGAUACGAAGAAUUGAUGACGUCGACCUAUGUGCCAUCGCUAGAAGAGAACAACGAUCUUUGGAUCACAUUACUUGUCCUGGGUCUGGGAGCUCAUUACUCAUCGCUCGCGAAAAAAGAGCCUCGCGAGCAAGCCCAGAUGCAGCAGCUCUCUAGGGAUAUUCUCAAACAGGUUGAACCACAAUUUUUGAGAAUCAUCGGCUCGGCGGAUGAAGAGACGGUACAGAUAUGCGUUCUAUUAGGGAGCUUUUAUCUUUUCAAUGGUCGUCCGACUGCUGGGCUUGGAAUCCUUGGGAGCGGCAUCAAGAUUGCUCAGGUUCUUCGGUUACAUCGAGAAGACGCACUCAUGGAGAUCUCACCGGCUCGCUUGGAAUCUCCAACCCUUGCUCACGUCAAAGCUUUUGUUAGAUAUGCGGCAAUCGCAUUUGGACGGCCUUGCAGUAUCGACGAUUCAGACUGCGAUAUUGAUACGGUAUCAGAUAUCAAGACUAACACAAAACAACCACCUCGACAGGCGGCGCAACUAGACUACCAUCGAUGGAAGUUUAGACUAUAUCGUAUUGUGGGUCCAUUCUUGGGACGAAGACUACAAACAAAUCGGCUUGCAUCAGUCCAGAGCAUCCAUGCACAACUUCUAUCGUGGCAAACACAAUUGCCUGAGAACUUGCGGUUGCAGAGCUACAAGGACAAGGGUACAACGCAGGCCCCGUCCCUGUUGCAGAUGCAAGCCCUCGCUCUUCAGUUAACAUAUGACAACAUUCAAAUCAUUCUCCAUCGCAGCCUUGCUUUUGGUUCGGGUCCUCAAGUCUCCAAUACCGAUCGCUCGAUUGAUGACCUACCGAGGUCUGCUCUAUCCCGAAAGCAACUUUUCGAGUCCGCGCUUCGGACAUCUGAGUUGAAUGACUAUAGCCACGUGCUGCACGCAUGUGGGAAAACUCAUGCCGCCAUGCAUGUCGGAAUAUGCCUUUUCACGGCCGGUGUGGUUCUAUGCGCUUUUGCGAUUUCAGAGCCCCUGUCAGCUACCAGUGAAGCGGCAAAAAACGGUGUUAUGAACAUUUUACGUUUCCAACACGAUCCUCUUUUGAAUGAACACCUUCUUUCGACACAGAGUGUGAAAAUACUCGAAGAUUUGGUGGCUGUCCUAUUGCGCUCCGAGAACUCUCUCAUCCGAGGUGACAAGACGACAGCCUCUCAGACCAUGCCACAGACCGCGAGUGAAGAGGAAAUUCAAUCUCGCGAGCAGGACACAAUUACACAAGAACCAAGGCUGUUCGGAGACAGUCGGCUCGAUGAUAACUCCCUCAACUUCCUGGGAGGAUUAUCAAAUUUGCAACCCGAAGGUGACUAG